GCCGCCUCCAUAAACACUUGUUUAGGACUCGUUCACCUCGCUGAGGCCCCGGGCGCCGCCAUGGAGGCCCCGCCGGACCCCACGCUCCUCGCCAUCGCCUCGGCCCCGGCCCCGCUGCGGGCCCCGGAGGUAGCGCGGCUCCGCCAGGAGCAGGAAAAGGUGGUCACGGGCUGCCGAGAGCAGAUCCAGCACUGGCAGCAGGUGGAGGACAACUACAGCGCCCUGCAGGAGCGGCUCGCCACCCUGCCCGACAAGCUGUCCUACAACAUCAUGGUACCAUUUGGCCCUUUGGCCUUCAUGCCAGGAAAACUCGUCCACACCAAUGAAGUCACUGUCUUGCUGGGGGACAAUUGGUUUGCCAAGUGUUCCGCAAAGCAGGCCGUGGGCUUAGUCGAGCACCGGAAAGGACUUGUAAGAAAAACAAUCGAUGACUUAAAAAAAGUGAUGACCAAUUUUGAAUCCAGAGUUGAAUUUACAGAAGAUUUGCAGAAAAUGAGUGAUGCUGCAGGUGAUACUGUUGACAUAAGAGAAGAGAUUAAAAGUGACUUCGAAUUUAAAGCAAAACACCGAAUUGCUCAUAAACCUCACUCCAAACCCAAAACUUCAAAUAGCUUUGAAGCGGAUUUUGCAAAUGUUGAAUCCAAGGAUCUGCUCGCGGACCAGGAGCUGUGGGCUCGGCUGGAAGAACUGGAGCGACAGGAGGAGCUGCUGGGCGAACUUGAGAGUCAGCCUCCCACCGGGACUGCAAACGGAGAAGACACAGCGUCUUCACAGAGAGAGGAGAAGGAAGACGCCAGCACACCGCGGGUUCGAAUCAAUACUGGGAAAACACCACCUUACAUUCAGUGAGAAGAAGGAGAAGACAAACGGAAGCGAAGGAACAGCUGUGGUGGGCCACCCGGCCCGGAGCUGCCCACGAUCAACCCUGCGGACAUCUACAGGGUCUUCGUGGACCUGGUGAACGGGGCGUACAUCCCUCGGAAGUCCAUCCUGAAGCCGCGCAGCCGCGAGAACAGCGUGUGCAGCGACACCAGCGAGGGCAGCGCCGACUGCGAGGAGGAGCGCCGCGGGCUCCUGCGGAGCGUCAGCUGCGAGGAGGCCAUGGGCAGCGGCGCCGGCGAGAGCAUUUUGGAGGAGGAGCAGGAGCAGCUUCCAGAGACACUCUUGCCCGCGCCCGGGACGCUUGAGGCUUUUUCUGGAACUGUAAUAGAGAAAGAAUUGUCGCCCUGCCUCGCCCCGCACCCGGCCACGGUCCACCCUGUGCUGCCCACGAUCCCUGAGCGGAGAGAAGUCCCGUCAGAAGGGUCAGAGGUCACCAAGCGGGUGUCCAAGUUCAAAGCCGCCAGGCUGCAGCUGAGGACCUAGGCUGCAGCAGAGGACCUAGGCUGCAGCAGAGGACCUAGGCUGCAGCAGAAGACCUAGGCUGCAGCAGAGGACCUAGGCUGCAGCAGAGGACC